AUGGCGGGCGCAUCAAGAUUUGCCGUUACUGACUUCCCUCUAUUCAUGAAUCUUGCUGAAGAGCUGCGGAGUAAAAUAUGGCGUGAUACAUUGCCAGAUGCUAUCAAACCAGCUUUCUUCCGGUACAAACGCGGAUGUUGGCACCUUCUUCAUCUUACGAAAUACGACCCACAUGGUCAGUAUGACCCGGUGGAUGGCACGAAGAACAUACGUCUAGAGUUCCGCCACAAUAUGUUAGGUAAUGUACAAAUAGAGACGCCCUUAGCAUCGGCUCGCGAAAUUGCUGUGAAAUGGGCUCAUACAAACGGUUUUGUUGUUCAGGAAAUUGAAGGAUAUCCCAUAUUUUUAUGUCCUUUCAACCCGGGACGUUAUAUACUAUACAUUCCACCUGAUGGAGAGGUUACAUUUUUGAACGAGCCUUUUAAAAUACUUCGCGAGCAAAGUCUCUCAGACAGAACUCCUUGCGAAGAACGGAUGUUGGUCAUCAUCAUCGAGACAUCAUCAGAAACAGAAUUUGCUGAUAGGUAUUUAAAUCUACAAGAUCGAUGGGAGUAUGGAAGAUUCAUGUUAGAAAAGUUUCGUGGCAAAUGGGAGUUGUACGAGCUUCUAGACGGAAGGAUAGAAGAAAUGCAAAAGAAUUUUACAUGCGAUGAUACCCUCAAACUCAAAAUUCGAGUUGCUGCAGCUUCUAAAGAUUUGUAUGGGGUGACUAUAUCGUUCCGUCAUGUUGUUGGAGUGAUGCUCUACCAGCCGAGACUCUUAAGUUCGACGACUACAGGCUUAGGGUCCACGGAUUUUGCAAGAACGCAAGACUCGUUGAAGCGUGGAGAGCAAGUUACCAUCAUGUCUGAGAUGUACAAAAAAGCUUGGAAAGUUGUUGCAUGGCUUUCACCGGAUCGGGAAGUUUAA